AUGUUCCCGAGGUCGUCAAUUGUCUCUGGCCCCAGGCCCGUGGUGCCGCUCCAGAGCGUCCGGUAUGCACGCAGAAAACCGGAAUACCCCCGGUACCGUGCCCAGUUGGCCCCUCUCACACACCCUAAAAAGGACCAUUCCGGCUUUUUCCGCAGGCACAUGAAAGCGUGGCUUGGGCCCAAGAAUCUCAGGGGCGAGUACCACAGAAACAAGUACUACUACCCGCCACAGGAUCACAAGCCCAACUACAUUGUUCCUGAUGGAAACCCCGUGGAUUUGGGCGAGGGGACGCAGGCCUACGCCAGGCUCGAUGACAAGAGAGACCCUUCUUUGCAUCCGUUCCCGCACAACACACACACAAAGACCGGGCUCAUUGUUUCGGACGAAUUGAAGCAGAAAAUCUACAGCGAAGCCACCGAGGAGCACACGCUGGCGCAGGAGCUUGCCCACAAGUAUGGGCUCAAGUUGUCACGCGUGGAGGCCAUCAUCAGAUUGCAAACGAUCGAGAAGUCGUGGAGGGAAAAGGGACUCUUGUCCGAAAACCUAGAGCAGUUUUCCGGCGUGAUGAAGAAAAUGUUCCCCUUGUUCAACCCGAACAAAACGGCGGAAAACCUCACGGAAAUCCCUACGCCGUCCAAAACCUUGCACCAGCGGUUCUUGACCAUCUCGGAGUCCGAGCCGUUCGGGCCCGUGGACGCCUCCAAGAUUUUCGACCUCGAGCCUGCACAGAAGGUGCUUGACAACUUGACCGAGUUGCAAGACACCAGCGAAACCAGGGUUGUCACCAACAAAGUGCUUGUUGGCCAGCAGAAGGCCGGCGACAAGGUGCAGUUUAGAUUCACCAUGUCCACGUCGGGUAACGUCGGAUACCGUUACGGUGCCUCCAGGAGAGACAGAAAGAAGGACAGAGCCAUCAGCUUCGACAAGCUGGGCCGCAUGGUCUACACUGUAUAG